AGCAUAAGCAAAAAAAAAGAGAGGCCAAAACCAAAUUCCCAAUUCUGGUCGGAGUUUGUCUGUAAAAAAAACCCUAGAAGCCAUAUAUAAACACCACAAGUAAACUCGUUUCUUCACCUUCCUUCUCUCCUUCACUCUAAUUGCGAUUGAUUCUCCUGUCUUCUCCAAUUUAUCAGGUAAUUGCUUCUGCUUCAUACUUCAUACCUUAUUUUCCAAUCUCUCAAUCCAUCUUUGUAUUGGAGCAAAGUUUAUACCUUUCAAUUUCUCAAACUCGACUAGUUAUAGAUCUAUGGAAGUUCAGUUCAAACCUUACAUAUAUAAUAUCUGGAGAAACCAACUAUGUGUACUUGCAAUUACAAUAAGCUAAUAGAUUUCGUACUAUAAAGUUAGAUCCACAUAGUACAAUUCUAAGUUAUGCAGAUUGGAGCUCUUGUGAAUUUUUGUUUGAUUCGAUUUUGCUUGAGACUGUCUUAGAGAAAUUGCAGAGAUGACACCUGAAUCAAACGCUCCCUCAGUAGAUCCACAAUUUGUAGGCAAUGGGUUUGUUCAAGAAUACUAUAACCACCUUUAUGAUUCAACCUCGGAAGUACACAAAUUCUAUCUCGAGGAUAGUAUGAUUUCACGGCCUGGUCUCGAUGGUGAGAUAGUUACUAUCAAAUCCUUGAAAGGGAUUAAUGAUCAGAUAAUGUCCAUUGACUACAAAAGCUCAAGGAUCGAGAUUCUAACUGCUGAUUCUCAAUCAACUUUAAAGAAUGGUGUUGUAACUCUAGUCACGGGUUUAGUGAUCGGGAACGAUGGAGGAAGGAGGAAAUUUUCUCAGAGUUUCUUUCUUGUGUCGCGGAAUGGAAGCUACUUUGUGCUGAAUGAUACCUUUAGGUAUGUGUCUGAUGAGUUUGUUGAACCAGAAGCUACCAAGGAGGUUGAGGAGAGUCAGUCAACAAAUGCUAUCACUGAGCCUGCAAAUGAAAGUGUAGAGGCGGUUAUUGUCCCUACUGAAGCUAAAACUACGGUGACGAAGCCAGCAAGUGCCAUACCAAACGGACAUGCGAAAGUCCCUGAGGAGAAAGUUGUGAAUGAAAACAGUAGCUUACCUAAAGCUGCUGAAGCAAAACUUCAAGAGGAGGUUCCCAAGAAAUCGUUUGCAUUAAUUGUUCAAUCUCUGGCUCAAAGCGCUGGUACUUUACAGGUUAAAGCCUCGCCGGUCAAGCGUAAACCUGUCGAAAAACCGGUUGCUGCUCCGGAGCGCAAAGCUCCUUCCCCAAUUCGUAAACAGGCUUCUGCUGAAAGCAUUAAACCACAAGCUCAGGGUAGUUCCAUAUUUGUUGCAAACUUGCCUAUGGAUGCGACUAUUGAGCAACUUUAUGAAACAUUUAAAAGUUUUGGAGCUAUUAGAAAGGAUGGUAUCCAAGUCAGAAGUUACCCGGAAAAAAAGAACUGUAUUGGGUUUGUGGCAUUCGAAAAUGGUGAAGCAGUAAAAAAUGUCUUUCAGGCUCACAGGGAAUCACCAAUCAGAAUCGGAAACCGAAGAGCAUCUAUAGAAGAAAAGCGAGGAGGUAACAAUCAAAAUGGCAACAGAGUCUCUACAAGAAACAACAGUGGUUAUAAAAAUGAGGAUGGUUUCAGACGUGAUGGAUACAAACCUAGGGGCAGUGGCGUCAAUGGAGGACGAGGCUAUGGGAGACGGAACAGUGAGUCUAAUGGGGAUGGUAAAGCAUACCAGAACAAUGGCCAUGGCAAUACUGAGGCCAAAAACUAG